GUCCAGGAUAGUUAGCACUUGAUGAGUUUAAUAUAAAUCACCACUUGCCACAAUGGAUGGUUUCAUCUCUCCUCUCCCUUCAGAAGCGCUCACUUAAGAAAUAAAGCUCCCUAUAUUUAGUUGGUGAAACAGACACAAGGUCUUCUUUCGCCAAAAUGGUCCUUACAUAUCAUAGCCUCAUGGAGUCUGGUGUUGUUCUGGUCUUCGUUGGCAAGGACCAAAAGCGGUUCUUAAUUCAUACAGAGUUAGCUAGCUCCUUUCCAGUCCAGAUUCUUCAACCUCCUAUAGCGGAGGAAUUUGACGAGGUAGUCUUUGGCCGUUGCUGCGAGUUUGUGUAUACUGGUGAUUACUCCGUCCCCCCUCCGAUCUACGAUGGCAUCCGCAAUCAAUCAGCCACAGAAUCUGUGAGACGAUGGGAUCCUGCCGGACUUUCUUGGAACUUUUUCCACCCAGGAAAGUUCCCUAUUAUUUGUGCCGACCUACGGGAACGAUUGGGUCAGGUGAAUCCCAACUACCGAGCCAACGACGAUUCAAGCACCGACCCUAAAUACAGUUAUGCGGAUGUAUUUCUUUGUCAUGCUGAAAUUUAUAGUUUCGCUUCCAGAACGGGGUGGGCUGCUCUAUGCUAUCUGUCACUCUACCGCCUUCUUGGGCUGCUAGCAAACUUCACACUUUGCGAGGAACGAACUGGGGAUAUUGUCACUCUAUUGAAAUUCACCUUUGAGAAUGUUGAUUCUGAGGAAUUUGAAAGCAUAGGAGACAUAAAAUUUGAAGGUAUGGGAGACCUCAAAAAGUUGAUGGGAGACUAUGCAAUGUGGAAUUUGGAAAUCCUGAUGCGGGAUAUGGAUUUUCAACUUGUACUUGACAAAAUGCCGUCUUUGGAAAGUGCUUUUUUUAGCUGGAUGUGGACAUAAAGUAGAAAAUAGAUCAAAUGUCAUCUGGGGGCUUUUUAAGGAC